CUUGUGAGUCAAUUAACACGGUUUGAGUUCAUUGAAUUGAUUGAGCAAUUUCCAUGGUUCUUCGGUUGACUAGAGCAAGUUCAUGUCAGAUCUCAACUUACAGUGAGGCCUAUUAAUUAUUUUGGGUCCAAUUCUUAUUCAUGCUCUUCUUCACUUUGCCUCUUUCUUCUGCUAUUAUUGUUCAUCAUCAUCAUCAUCAUCAUCACCUUCCAAUAUAUGACAUGACGUUCUCAAACUUCUUUUUCCUUUUCUCUCGUGUUUCUUUUUCUCUUAAUGCAUCUCUGUACAGGGAACUAGCACCAUAGUCUUCUCCGUAUCAGUUCCUCUUGUUUUUUCUUUUCCUCUUUAACAUCUAAAACAGCUCUUAUUUCGCUUCAAUUUGUUAUACGUUGGUUAAUUGAGGAGCAUGGAGGGAGAAAGAAGGAAGAGGAAAAUAGAAAAUGAAGAAGAAAAUGAGGAGCAGAAGAUGGAAAGGUUCUUUGCCUUGAUAAAGAGGACAAAAGAUGUUCGCGAUCGACUCUACAAGGAGAAUAAGAAGAUGGAUGGAGAAAGGGAAAAGAGUAUUUGGAACCCAAAGUUUGAAGUAGAAGACUUCAUUGAUUGUGGACAAAUAAUGCCUGAGAGUGGUAAAGCUUCAGGUUCUCAUCAUCAUGAUCUUGCAGGUCCUUCAAACAAAGAACUCAGAGACGAAAAGAAAGAAGAUUUGCAAGAUGCAACACAAUUGGUGCCCACUGAGGAACAAAAUGGUGAAGAGAAAGACAAAAGAAGUGAGCAUUUAGACUUAAAUCUUUCGUUAUAAGAUUAUAAUUAUAUGCAUAUAUAUCUGAUGAACUGGUUAUGGACUAUUAACCAAUGACUACGAUAUGCUGACAACCUUAAACACUGUAUUUAACCCAGUUUUGGUGGCUACUUCAUGAUGAUGAUGAUGAUUUUAACCCUGUAGUUGUAACACACUGAAUUGAAAAGAAAGAAGAAGCUACCAUUUUUAUUAA